AGUGGUUCGAUAUACAGUGCUCUCUAUUACGGUGCGGAGGUGAUUACAUGUUCAAAAAAAAUGUGUAAAAUAGCAAAAAUUUUCUUCCUAAUGGCGUUUGCUCUUUUGUUUUAUAAUAUAGUGAAUUUUCUCAGAGUCCCAGGAAGUAUCCUAACAAGUACAAGCCAAUUCAGGAGAAGGCUGGUAUCAGUAGCUGUUAACUGUAAGACAAUGUUAUUAAUUGUAACGGUCCUGAUUACAUUGUUCCACUUGAAGGGAGUGAUCAAACUGACGAAGAAAAUGCCAUUUUCCAUAAAGUUUCUGAAUUGACUCGGUGUAAAGAUAAGCCGUUGAAAAGAAGCAUUGUACAGCGAGGAAAUUAUUAUGUUCUGUAUAAUUAUGUGAUGGCCGAAAGAAGUGUCAGGUGUUACGAAUCAGUGACGUAUUCAACCCAGGGUGAUUUAAACUUUCUGGACAACCUGGUUCCCUUGGUAGAACGAUGGAAAGGACCUGUAAGCGUUUCAGUGUAUGCACCUGGUACAGACUUCCUUUUGGCACUACGAACUAUUCAGUACUUAAGAGAAUGCACGAGUCCACUCAUCAAGGAAUACCUUGCUUUUAAUCCUCUACUACCUGACGAUAAUAUGCAACAACAGGAAUAUAUUAGGUGUGAGAUGAAACCACCUUACCAAAUAGUCAAUCGCGAUCAACAAUUCAAAACAAAAAACAAUCUACUAUAUCCUAUAAAUGUAGCAAGAAAUACUGCAAGAGUGGCUGCCCAAACCCAUUUUAUCUUGUCAUCAGAUAUAGAGCUCUAUCCUUCGCCAAAUUUCAUACCAAAAUUUUUAGAACUGAUUGCCAAAAGUGAAGAACUUUUACAAGAUUAUAAACCACAGUCACGAAAACUUUGUUGUGCAACCAAUAUCUUAUUCAGAUUCUUGGUAUACUAUGAGGACCAGGUCUUCCUUAAGGAUUUAGUAAUUAAUUGUAGCAACAUUAUGAAAAAGGUGUUUGUACUUCCUCACUUCGAGGUGGAUGAAGACAACGAAGUUCCAAUGGAUAAAACGACCCUUGUCAAAAUGGUAGAGAAUAAAUCAGCAGUUUUCUUCCAUGAACAUCUUUGCAGAAGGUGCCACAUGAUUCCUUAUUACAACCGCUGGCUGCGUACCCCAGAAUCGGACAAGAUCGACGUUUUUGGAAAGACCAAAAGAUUUGGAUUACGAAAAUCGUGGGAGCCCUUUUAUGUUGGAACCAAUGAUGACCCACUAUUCGACGAAAGGCUUUCGUGGGAGGGUCAGAAAAAUAAAAUGACACAGAACUAUAUUCUUUGUAUACUGGAUUACACCUACAUAAUACUGGACAACGCAUUCCUGGUUCACAAACCGGGGAUAAAAAAGGCGAAAGUACAAAUGAACAAAUAUAUGGAAAUUGUUAACGAAACGUCUGUGCUGGUAAAAAAAACCAUUAAACCAGAAAUUGAUUCAAUCUAUGGUACUAGAAAAGGGUGCUAUUUGGGAUGAAUAAUCAAAUAUUUGGUACAAAUUGCAUUGUACAAUUAUAUUUUGCAAACAGAAUCUCC